AGAGGCGUUCCCGGAAGUCGAGGCUGCGGAAGGCGGAAAGGCUGGCGAGGCCUGGAGCGCCGGUGGGAACACUGCUGUGGGGGCUCGGCGCCUCUGGGUGCCCGCCAUCCCCUCCCAUUCCCGGUCGAGCAGCCUCCCUGCCCCUCCCCUCCCAACUCCGUGGAUGGGAUCUCGGGCCCCCGGGGAGCCGACCGGGCGGCCAGAACUCCCCUCAGCCGGCUGGUCGGUUUGAGGGUUGCCACGGCCACAGCCACUUCCGGGAGCGGGGUCUCGGUGAAGUCGGCUCGGCCGGUGCGGGGGCCGGUCCGGGAGCCCCUCCCUGACUCUUUGCUCGGCUGCACCUACUGUCCUGGUAGUGGAGGGAGGCCCGGGUCCCCGCGCACCGUAGCUUCCCCACCCUCAGGGUCUGCCCUUGAGCCGUGGGCCACAACCUCCGCACUCAAACCGCGUUUCUCUGUUCCUCGCGUUUCUUUGUUGCUCCUGGCAACAGCCACUUCCGGGAGGGGGUGUUGUCCCCCUCCCCCCGCCGUGACCGUGUUUCUCUGUUGCUCCUGGCAACAGCCACUUCCGGGAGCGGAGCCGUUUUCCCCCCCUGUUCCCCAGCCCCGUCCCAGCACCGUGAGUGCUCGAACCCAGGGUUCCGGCCUCCCGGCAACCGUUAGUCGGUAAUCUUCGCUGUCCGCCCGCGGAGGCGGGUGACCGCAGGCUGCUUGUCCCGGGCCUUCCGGCGAGGCUCCCGCGGCCACCAUGGUUCUGCUGCACGUGAAGCGGGGCGACGAGAGCCAGUUCCUGCUGCAGGCGCCGGGGAGCUCGGAGCUGGAGGAGCUCACGGCGCAGGUGGCCCGGGUCUACAACGCGCGGCUCAAGGUUCAGCGCCUCUGCUCAGAAAUGGAAGAAUUAGCAGAACAUGGUGUAUUUCUGCCUCCUAAUAUGCAAGGACUGACUGAUGAACAGAUUGAAGAAUUGAAAUUAAAGGAUGAAUGGGGUGAAAAAUGUAUCCCUAGUGGAGGCUCAGUAUUUAAAAAAGAUGACAUUGGACGGAGGAAUGGACAAGCUCCAAAUGAAAAAAUGAAGCAAGUUAUAAAGAAGACUAUAGAAGAAGCCAAAGCCAUAAUAUCUAAGAAACAAGUGGAAGCCAACAUUUGCAUGACCAUGGAGAUGGUGAACGAUGCCUUGGACCAGCUUCGAGGUGCCGUGAUGAUAGUUUAUCCCAUGGGGUUGCCGCCGUAUGAUCCCAUCCGGAUGGAAUUUGAAAAUAAAGAAGAUUUGUCGGGGACUCAGGCAGGGCUCAACGUCAUCAAAGAAUCAGAGGCACAGCUGUGGUGGGCAGCCAAGGCGCUGAGACGUACCAAGAAGCUUUCAGACUACGUGGGGAAGAACGAAAAAACCAAAAUCAUCGUCAAGAUUCAGCAGAGGGGCCAGGGAGCUCCAGCUCGAGAGCCCAUCAUUAGCAGCGAGGAGCAGAAACAGCUGAUGCUGUACUAUCACAGAAGACAGGAGGAGCUCAAGAAGCUGGAAGAAAACGAUGAUGACUCCUGUUUAAAUUCUCCGUGGGCGGAUAACACUGCUUUGAAAAGACAUUUUCAUGGCGUAAAAGACAUAAAGUGGAGACCCAGAUGAAGUUUGCCUGUUGACAAAGCUUUCCAAAAUAUUAGCUCACCUUUCUUUAGGUAAAAUAAUAAUAACCAUAGCUUAAAACAAGACAGCUGCCACCCUCUGUGAACGCUGUUGAAAUCUCUAGUUUUCCUUUCAGUUUGAAUUUUUAAAGUAAAAGUGAGUUAUUCAAGGUUUUGGAACAUAAUAAACACCUCCUCAAAAGAA